UGGACGCUUUUCCACCAUGCCGAUGACGUUUUAGAUACCUGUCAAUUUUCUCAAACUUUCACUGAAGGAAACCUCUAAGACUUUGUACCGGAGGACUCGAGUGCAGCCACCAAUUACCAGACUUUCAGGAUGAAUCUGGAAAAACUCAGCAAGCCUGAACUCCUGACAUUGUUCAGUAUUCUUGAAGGAGAACUUGAGGCGAGGGACCUUGUCAUAGAAGCCUUGAAGGCCCAACACAGAGAUACUUUCAUUGAAGAACGCUAUGGAAAAUAUAACAUCAGUGACCCUCUCAUGGCUCUCCAGAGAGAUUUUGAAACACUAAAGGAAAAAAAUGAUAGUGAGAAGCAGCCAGUGUGCACAAACCCCCUCUCUAUCCUUAAGGUGGUGAUGAAGCAAUGCAAGAACAUGCAGGAGCGCAUGCUGUCCCAGCUGGCUGCUGCCGAGAGCAGGCACCGGAAGGUGAUCCUUGACCUUGAAGAAGAACGACAGAGGCAUGCUCAGGACACCGCUGAAGGAGAUGAUGUCACCUACAUGCUGGAGAAGGAGAGGGAGAGACUGACACAACAGUUGGAAUUUGAGAAGUCCCAAGUGAAAAAGUUUGAAAAGGAACAAAAGAAGCUGUCUAGCCAGUUGGAAGAGGAGCGCUCCCGCCACAAGCAGCUCUCAUCCAUGCUGGUGCUUGAGUGUAAGAAGGCCGCCGGCAAGGCGACUGAGGAAGGCCAGAAGGCCGGCGAGCUGAGCCUGAAGCUGGAGAAGGAGAGGAGCCGGGUGAGUAAACUGGAGGAAGAGUUGGCAGCUGAGAGGAAGCGAGGCCUGCAGACAGAGGCCCGGGUGGAGAAGCAGUUGUCUGAGUUUGAUAUCGAGAGGGAGCAGCUGAGAGCCAAGCUGAACCGGGAGGAGAACCGGACCAGAGCCCUCAAGGAGGAGAUGGAGAGCUGGAAGAAGCUUGUGAGAGACCUAGAGGCUGCCCAGCGGCACAGCGGCACCAGCGAGCAGUGCAGGGAGCCAGGAACCACAUCCAGAGGUACAGCCACAGAGCCCCCCGUGCUAGUGUCUGUCUUCUGCCAAACGGAGAGUGUUCAGACGGAAAGAAGCCACGGGAGCAUCUUGGCCAAGCUGGCAGACACUGGUCUUCCAGGUCCCACCACUCCUACUUACUCAUAUGCAAAAGCCAAUGGCCACUGUGACCCAGAAAUACCAACUACCAGGGAGUUGACCUCAGGCAGCAGCACAGAAAACCAAGGGCCUCCACGAGAGAAACCAGCGGAGAACGGUGGGUGUCCGGUAGGAACCGAGACUCCAGUCGCGAUGCCAAGUCACCUCCCUUCCAGUGGCAGCUCACUGUCUCCCAGCAGCACUGCCUCCUCCUCCCUGACAUCAUCUCCCUGCUCUUCCCCGGUUCUAACGAAGCGUCUCCUGGGGUCAUCAGUCAGCAGCCCUGGCUACCAGUCUUCCUACCAAGUAGGAAUCAACCAGCGGUUCCACGCAGCUCGGCACAGAUUUCAGUCCCAAGCAGAUCAAGAUCAGCAAGCCAGUGGUCUCCAGAGCCCUCCGUCCAGAGACCUGUCUCCUACCCUUCUAGAUAACUCUGCUGCCAAGCAGCUGGCCCGAAACACAGUCACACAGGUGCUCUCCAGAUUCACUAACCAAGGGCCAAUCAAGCCCGUCUCUCCCAACAGCUCUCCCUUCGGUACAGACUACCGAAAUCUGGCCAACACUGCCAACCCAAGAGGUGACACCAGCCAUUCACCUACUCCAGGGAAAGUGUCCAGCCCUCUGAGCCCCCUGUCUCCAGGAAUCAAGUCCCCAACCAUCCCCAGAGCAGAGAGAGGCAACCCUCCGCCAAUCCCACCCAAAAAACCUGGCCUCACCCCAUCCCAAUCUGCCACCACUCCAGUGACCAAAACUCAUUCCCAGACAUCCUCCUUGACUGCCACAGAAGACCUUGCCAGCAACUGCUCUCCCAGUGCCGUGGUGGCCAACGGCAAGGAUGUCGAGAUACUUUCGCCUACCAGCAGCUAGUCCUUAGGAGUGAGUCUCCACGUUUGACAUUCCAUCAGAUUUCGUCCAAGAGCUCAGAGUUAAACCUUGGAGUCAGAUCAUGUUAUUUAUUUUGAUAGUAGCUACAGCCAUCUGUAUAAUACAUUCAGUGUAUUUACCUUUUUGUAUUUUUUUAAGUAGAAACUGAGUACUUUGGAUUUUUAUGACUCACCUCUUUGUACUAAGCUAGAAGGGGACCUCAGACAUCUCAAGC